UAGCUAUGGUCCGUAGGUAAAUAGCAAUAAGACAUCGUGUUCUUCUUGUCUUCAGAGAUACACUGAGUAUCAAAUAAGGUCCCAGAAUGGAUAAGUUUGUGACUCGGGCAAAGAAGCGUGUGGGGGGACAGAGUAAAAAGGAUGAAUGUCAGAGAGAGAAUCUACAAAAAAAGCCUAGAAGUGAGGUCUUAAAAGAGGAGUUUCAGGAGGAUGAGGAGGUGAAUCAGUUCCCUCAGCCUGUACCUUGGCAGAAGAUCGAAGCUGAGGGCCUGGACUGUGACUACAGCUUACUUUUCUCCAAAAAAGAGGCAGACACAUUUUUCACACAACUGGAAGAGGAGGUGGUGUACUUUACAGGAGACCAAACAAAGGUGCAAGUUUAUGGAAAGACAUACAGCGUUCCCAGGAAGCAGGCAACAUACGGAGAUGAAGGACUGAUGUACUCUUUCUCAGGGGUGCACCUCUCGGCCAGGCCCUGGACCGCAACACUGGAAAUCAUACGGGAUGCUGUUACCAAGGCUACUGGACACACCUUCAACUUUGUUCUCAUAAACAGGUAUAAAGACGGCCACGACCACAUGGGUGAACAUCGCGAUGAUGAGAGAGAGUUGGACCCGUCCUGUCCCAUCGCAUCCGUGUCCUUGGGCGCUGCCCGUGACUUCGUCUUCCGACACAAGGACGCCCGGAGUGGGCAGAACAGACGUCAGAUUGACCCGGUUAAACUGGAGCUGGCCCACGGAAGCCUUCUCCUCAUGAACUCUCCCACAAACACAUACUGGUACCACAGCCUUCCCACACGCAAGAAGAUCAAGUCCCCACGGAUCAACCUCACCUUCAGACGAAUAGUCAAGCAGAGGCAGAGAAAUGCCAUAAAACCUUCAUAAGCUUUCUAAAAACAUUAUCCUCC